UUCUCUUUGCUAUUUUUCAGGAUGGCGUCCGCAGAUCUAAGAGAGGAACUGAACUGUUCUAUCUGUCUGAAUAUUUACACGGAUCCCGUAAUGCUGAGCUGCGGACAUAACUUCUGCCGUGUCUGUAUCGGGAAUGUGCUGGAUACACAGGAGGGAGCAGGAGUUUAUGCCUGUCCUGAGUGCAGAGCAGAGUUUGAGGAGCGUCCUGUUUUGCAAAGGAACUUGAAGCUUUGCAACAUAGCAGAGUAUUUUCUUUCUGCGCAGCCAGAAAAAGAGGAUUCUGGGAUAUUCUGUACUUACUGCGUUCACACUCCUGUACCUGCAGCUAAGACAUGUCUGCUCUGUGAGGCUUCCCUGUGUGACGUCCACCUGAGUGUACAUAGCAAGUCUGCCGAACAUGUCUUAACUGACCCUAUUUCUUCCCUGGAGAACAGAAAAUGCUCCGUCCACAAGGAGCCCCUGAAAUAUUACUGCUCUCAGGACGCAACCUGUGUCUGUGUGACAUGUAUGAUUUUGGGGGAUCACAAGGGACAUCAAGUUUAUCCAGUAAAUGAGGCAUCUGGGCAGGAGAAGGAGAAAAUUAUAAUUUUUUUGGAGAAAUUGACCUUAAAUCUGGAGGAAACGGAGCAAAAACUACAGAACCUCCAGAAGCGCAAGAGUUACGCACAAGAUAAAGCCGAUAAUGUAACAGAGAAAGUCAGUGCUAUUUUUCGUGAUAUCAGGGAACAGCUGGAAUCCUUAGAGAAGCGAGCCCUGAGUGAGAUCUCCCGGCAGGAAGAGCAGAUCUCACUCCGAGUCUCAGAACUCAUUCAGCAGCUGGAAAUAAAGAAGGAGGACCUUACCAGGAAGAUGGGUCACAUUGAGGAGCUGUGUAACAUGACGGACCCACUAACUGUCUUACAAAGAUGGCAAGCAGACAGCGCUGACUUUAAUGAGACAGAAAAAGAAUAUCACAUGGAAAGAGCAAGAUUUGACGAAACAUUUAAUGCUAUAGGGAAUCUGGAUAAGGUUCUGAUCUCAUUGAACUUGCAGCAUGAACUAAAUGAUAUCAUCGCUGAUGUAACUGAAAAGAAUGGGCUCCAAAAGCCAUCGGCUUCAGAGCUAGUAUUAGAUGUAAACAUGGCUGCUAAUGAUAUAUAUGUGACAAAUGAUUCCUAUCCUACUGUUGAAUACUUCAAUAACGCAUCAAGACCCAGUACAUUUCAGGAUUUCUCAGGUCAACAUUACUGGGGACAGAGAUCAAUGACAUGGGACUCUAUAACAGGGAUAGAGUUGGGCACAAAUUCGGUCUGAGCAUUUCAAGGCACAGGAUCCAUCCCACUAUCAGGGGUGGGGGUCAUAGAUGGAGAGUGUUGUGUCAGCACCAAAGACACAUACCUCACCAAAGUAAGCAUUGCAAAUGUUUCCCAACAUUCGAAGGUAUGGAAUCGGAAUGGGGGGGCCUUCACAGAGGGAACUGAUGGACAUCACAUCACAGGUGACGCCCAUAAAUGGUCAUAAGUGGAAUGCCAGUGGACAAAAGAGGAGCAGGGUUGGGAGAGGGUGUGUUAUGCUUGUGAAUGGAGAGGCCUUCUGUGGUUUUGUUUGUAUUUUAGAGCUGCUUGUGAAGUUGCAUGUGUGGGGUAGGCUGCUUGUAGUGUUGUGUGUGUAAGGAGUCUGCCUGCAGAAAUAUGUAUGCAGGGAAGUCCUGCUUUUGGGGUUU